UGACUACUUAAUUAGAUAAGUCCCAAGAGUCCUCAGAUCAGUCCACCAGACCCCACGAACAGCCGAUUCUGCCUCCAAGGUUUGAGAAACCUUCCGAUAUUCGAAAACUGAGGUGCUACUUCAACAUGACCGACGAAUCGAAGCCCGAGAUCUCCCAGGUAGAGAGAUCACACAUUGGGCAUCCUCAUAAACACCACACAAUUCAAGAGUUGGCACAAAAUGAGGACGAACCACAAACCCCUUACCAACUCGGAUGGCGAACCAUACUCUGUGUGAUGACCCUUUCUAUGGGCAAUGUCUGCGCUGCUCUUGCGAAUACUACCAAUACGACGAUCAAGUUCCAAGUUUCGACCGUCGCCAGAUCACCGGCAGACGCCGCACUUGCUUCCUGGAUUGCCAAUGGGAACUUCCUCGUGGUCUUGGCUGCGGGCCCUAUCUUCGGCUCUCUCGGCGAUCGAUUGGGAAAGAAAUGGUUCCUUGUGUGCGGUGCUCUGCUCGGCGUUGUCGGGUCAUGCAUUUCGGGCUCAGCACAUAAAAUCACCGACAUUAUCGCUGGAAACAUCUUGACGGGAAUCGCAAAUGCUGGUUGCAUCACAUCCAUCUCUUGCAUCCAAGAAAUCCUUCCCAACAAACUCCGACCAUGGGGAAUGGGCGUCUCCCAAGCAAUGGCCAGCGCCUUCGUCGUCCUCGGAACAUUUCUCGCAGCAGCCUUUGUUCGUGACAACACCGGAGGUGCAGGAGGUUGGCGCUGGGCCUACUACUUCAACGGUAUUAUCUAUGGCCUUACUGCUCUCUCCAUUGCAGUAACAUAUUUCCCACCCCGUCCACUGCUCGGCCGCCACCACGUCUUGAAAGAUAUCGUUCUUAAUGUCGACUAUAUCGGCAUCCUAACUAUGUCUGGUGCAUUCGCUUCCCUUAUCAUUGGCUUAACAUGGGGCGGAAGCACAUAUGCCUGGAAUUCACCACAAGUCAUCGCUACUCUCACCGCUGGUUGUGUGGGGCUUCUCCUGUUCGGUUUUUACGAAGCAUUCGUGGUGAAGGAAGGCAUUUUUGACCACCGCCUUUUCCAGACCAUGAACUUCCCAAUCUUACUUUUCGUCUGCACAAUCGACGGCAUGCUCCUUCUUGGUGUCAACGUCCUGUAUUCACAGCAGAUCUUCGAUCUAUUCUCCCAGAAUGCGGUCAGGAUCGCUGUUAUUCUAUCACCGUAUCUGAUCACUUCGACGUUCGGCUGUAUUCCUGCGGGAUGGGUGAUGGCAUCUACGAGAUCUUAUCGGAUUAUGUUGGUUGUUGCUCUAUUUUGGUGUUCUCUAUUUACUGGACUCAUGGGUCUCGUAAACUCUCAACGACUGCCCUGGGCCUACGCCUUCUCAACCCUCUUCGGAAUUGGCACUGCAGUCACGACCGUUAUCCCAGUCGUGGCGCUCGGCCUCUCUAUCCCCUCCUUCCUCAUCGGCACCGCAGCAACAAUCAGCAUCUCCUGCCGUGCUCUCGGCGGCAUCAUUGGUAUCACAAUAUUCACUGCUAUCUACAACAAUAAGUACGCCUCUCUUGUGGGUCCCGAGUUAGCGGGGAAUUCGAGGGCGCCGGUGGUAGUGGAUGCGAGCGAGAAGAGCUGGAGAUAUGUGUGGAUUGCUAUUGCGUGCCUUGUGGCGGCGAAUGGGAUCGUGGCUUGCUUUUUGAAGGGUGUGAGCCCGAUGAUGAACCAUCAUGUUGAAUCUGCAUUGGAAGAUGGAAAGGUUCGGGAGGCGCAGUUGAGCUAGGUAAAGGAGGCGUUGUAUGCGAGGAUGGAUUGCUGACCUUGUUUUCAGUCGAGCCCAAGCCUGUUCGAGAGACCGUAUCUAGUACCAAUCAAUUAUCUCAGUCUUUACCCCACUAGCGUUUGGGCAGCAAAGCCGACAGUUUAGUGGAUAUCACUCCGGGCUGACUUGAACCCAAUGAUACCCAUCAGCUAAUUUGAUUGGAAGCUCGAUCGCAAUAAG